AUGGGCCAUCGUGGUUUUGCCCAUAAGAACGUAGCCGAAGUGAAACCAAGUGCUAGUAAGGAAGAAUAUUCUCGUGCUCCGAAUCUCAACGCUAGGAACUAUUUGGACGAAAUGGCACCGGUCAAUGGUAUUACGGAGCUUACCGAGGAUCAAGUAUCCGAAGCACAAGCUCGACGAGAUAAGCUUCGUGAUGAAGUCUCCAAGAGAAAGGAAGAGAUGCUGCUUCGAGGUGUGACUAUGCUCGAUGCCUACUGUCAAGUAUGCAAUGGCAUACUGAUGGAGGAUAGGAACGGAGUGCGUACUUGCGUUACAUGUGAACUUUUUGCAGAAAGUACCAAGGAGGGAUCACGUUUGAUUGCUGAAGUCCCACUAGAUGUUGGAGUUGAUGCUGGAAAUAGCCUGGAAACUGCUGAUGGAGUUGCUCCUGGUAAUAGCUUGUUAGCAUCUGAAGAAGCACCAGGGUCAUAUCGAAAUGAGACUCGGAUUACGGACAUAGUGCGAAGAUGGGCUCAUGAAUGUCGUCAUGGACGGACUCAGCAACAGUGCUUAAAUCCAGGGAGUCUGCGCCUAGUGGGUGAAGAGGCAUACAGUCUUCUGCAACAUGCAAAGCGCCAUGCUUCACCAGGGGAAGAAGUGUUUUCUGAGGAUGUCUACACCAGUGCUGCAGCCCACAGUCCGUCGACUAUGCAAGAUUUGCCUCCAACAAGUGAGGGAUGGGAGUCGACUGUGCAAGACGUGCCUUCAACAAGCGAAGAACGAGGAUCGUCAUUAUGUACUCAGGACGUCGACGAAGCCCUCCUAUACAUGACAAACUUUUCGCUUCACUUCGGAGUAACUGAUGCGAUGGAAGAAUAUCUUGACGAUUUGCACAGGAUCAGAACCCAGUCGUCUCGUUCCGAUAAGUACACUUUUACGUCGGACGUACGGUCACUCAAAUCGGAACUUCUUUCCCGGAUUACUCCAAAAAGGACCAGUCUCUCCAAACGCGCCUCACUCCAUCUUGUGCGCUUGAUUCCGCAGUUGGAGAUUGUUUUAAAGAGGAACAUCGAUAAGCUCAUCGCUGUUCACAAAGGAUUGCAUGAGCAUAGUGGAGAUGUUGAUCGAGUUCUUUCUGAAACAUCGGAUUACGAAUUGUACAGAGGGGAAAUGGAAAGCCGCGAAGCCUUCGAACAGCAACGAAUGAAUGUUGUGCUUACGAUGAGCACUGACGGCGUUACUUUCAAGAGGAUCAGCAAGUCACAGGCUUGGCCUUUGUAUCUGAGGCUGGAGGGUCUGUCGCAUAAGGAGAAGAACUCUUACGAAAAUAUGCUUAUGCCUAGUAUUCUAUUUACGAGCAAAUCACCCCCACGUGUUAUGCUUGAGAAACUAUUCAGCCGCGUCAAACAUGAGCUCGCCGUCUUGUCGGUAGAAGGAUUGGAGGUUCACGCUCACGACGGAGCGUCAUGGAAGUUGACCCCUGUUUUGCAAAAUGGUGUCGUUGACUUCAGCGGUCUACAUAUAUUAUACAACUCACCUGUGUGGAACUCUAUGUAUGGCUGCCAUUUAUGUACAUUUCCUGGGUUGCAACUGGAAGGUCGCAUCGUUUGGUAUAACGAAGAUCCUUUACUUGAAGAUCGCAGGACUAGGGCGACGAUAAUUAGGGACGCUUCGGCGAAUAUGAAUGGACUCUGUGAGAAGACUGAGUUGAUGAACCUGUUAACCAUGGAGAAAUUCCGACCGGACGCGCUCCAUCUGGUUUCUGAAGGCAUAACCUGCGACUUGCUUCGCGAGAAAACUCCCAACAUCACAUAUGCGUCUAAAUUUAUUCUUGGAUUGGCGAAUCUUUCCAACAUGACGGGGGCGGAAAAAGAUAUUCUUAUGUUUGUGUUGUUCCCAAUUCUGGCUGCUGAAAACCUCUGUGCGAACCCAGUAGGCUCGGUCACCAUACUAAUUUACUGGCUUCUUGUUCGCCUCCUGGCUGAUAUAGAAGGCUUUCGUUCCCCACGCGUGGAAACCGCAAGACUGCUGGCGAAGGCGAUGAAAACGUUGUGGGGCAUCGUAUCCAAGAAAUUGUUCACGCUCAAAGUUCACUGUUUUCUGGACCACAGCAUUCUCGAGGAUCUCUCAAGUUGUGGUUCGCCUUUCCUAUGGUCCGCAGCGCCAUUCGAAAGGAUUCAUCAACAGUUACAAGUCCGUACGGUGCAGCGCAAAACCAACUGCGAACGGGCCUUGAUUGAGAAGUAUGUUUGUUCGGCCCACAACGGAGAUUUUACCCAUAAGCGCAGCAUGUCUUUUCACGACGAGGAGUACACUCCGCAAUAUUAUGAUCUGGAUACUGCACCUGGUGAUCAGGAUAUGGAGUAUGAGCGUCAAGUUGAUGGAAAGGAAAAUAGGGCGAGAAGAAAUCAAGGCGCUUUUCUGAGCGACGAUAGUACCAAUGUCACUCACAGACGCAGUCAGACUUUCUAUGAAGACAUGCAACUUGCUACAAAUCUGAAUGAUAGGAGGGCUUAUGUACAGCGUAGCAGCGACGAGAAACGCCGUAAAAUUUCUCAUGAGUCAUGCAAUUCUGUUGCUUCGACCUCAAAUGCGCUGCCGGUAACGAAUACGUUUUCGGAGGCAGUGAACAACAUCACAGGAGAAAAUUUUUUGUCUUUAGUGAAAUUAGGAAAACUUGUACGCCAAUUCGAAAUGAAUCUUGAAAAUAAGGAACUGCUAGCGACAAAGAUGAAAGAAGUGAAUGCCAUUAAUAUGCAGGAAAUCAAGAAUAUGCAAAACGCAAUCGACUCAAUGAGACCAUCAUCAGACUCAGUCGUGAGAACUUUAGCUGGAAUCAUAAAAGAGCAAAGCAAUAUCAUAGCUGGACUAAGUCUGACUAUAGACGUAAUUCUCUCCAAUCAGCAAGAGCAUGGAAAGCAGUUACGGAAGGCUUCAUAUCACAUAGCGAAAGGCAACGAAUUUACUUUACCGGCAGGACAUGUAUUUGAGCGAAAGAAUUUCACGAAGUCGUGGAAAUUUAACGGGUUUCCUCCAUUCAAGAAUGCUAACAUGAUCGAGUUAUUUGAGACUUGGACGCAGCCAUCAAGGGCACACAAAAAUGACCAUUUUUUGUUAAUGAUGGAUUUUUAUAGGUUCUAUUUUUUGCAUGCAUGCGAACCAAUACAAGAAAUCCAAAAUUUUGCGUGCAGACAAUCCGGUAAAAGGGGAAGAUUUGCGCAUCUGCAGGACCUGCCCGAAAGUCUCGUCACAUUUUUGAUAAAUUUCGUUCUUGAUGGUGUCGGCCUAUACGCAGAAGAACUGCUGAUGAGUGCUAGCGAAUGCGCGCGGCAAUCAAAUAGAUUUUGGCUGGGCCUAGGAAACAACGAUGAGGCGAGGACGAAGAUGUUUGACAGGUUGUCGGAGGCGAGGAUGAAGCUUUGUGGAUUAGCACGAGUGGCUAUAGGAAGAGCUUUAGGUGACCUGCGCGCCUACCAUUUCGAUGCUGAAAAGGAGAUGCUCUCGCCACCCUCGAAAAAACGUUUUUGCCCCGCUACAACGCAAGAUUCUUCGCACGAGCACACGAAUGAGCCAGAGCAUGAGCAAGACGAAUACAUCGAAAGUCUGAAGUCGAUUUGA